AUGGGCGCACCCGCGAAAGCCAACGGGAAUUCCGCGCCCGCGCCCGCGCGCGGCGCCGGCCGCGUCUGCGCGGGCGCGAUCGAGGAGGACCCGUCGACGCUCAUCCCGUGCCCGGUGAUCACGUCGCACCCGAACGGGUUCAUCGAGCGCGUCGAGCCGAACCGAGAGACGCACGAAGUCCGCGCGUACAAGCUCGGGAAGAAAAAGCGGUCGUACAACCAGGUCGAGCUCACGUUCGAUCGCGCGACCGCGGGGUCCGCGCGAAACGACGACGAGGGCGACGACGACGACGAGGUCCUGAACAUCUACGAGGCCACCGAGCGCGGCUUCAGCAUCGACGUCCCCAAAGACAUGCGCGACAGCGCGCUGGAGUACGAACUCAAGCUGUACAACGGCGCGAGCGUUCGCGCGCUGAUAUACCUCGUCUACGCGGAGCCGCUCGGGAAGACCGGCGGGAGGUCGACGAGCGCGAAGUCCGGGACGAUGGGAUUCAACGCGAGCAACGGCAAGGUUGUCGAUCGAGAAGGGUACGCGUGGUUGCCCGUGACGAGAGGACGAUGCGCGAAGGAGUGCACCGGGCCCAUCCUGAGCGCGAUUCAGCGGUUCGGGAAGCAAGGCCGGACGCAGAAGGGCGCCGCCGCCGCGGACGCGGACAAGAAGCGCGGCGCGGCGCCCGGCGCGGCGGCUCCGGGCGGCGAGGACAAGUGGAAGGACGCGAGGAACUUGUUCGUCUCCAUCGACGAGGCGUCCAACCACGUCUGCGCGUUCGGACCGAACAAGUGCAAGGUGUUCAGGCUUCUGUUCGGCAUCUUCGCCGAGGACGGCGUCGAGUUCCUCGGCAGCGGCGUCUCCGGCCCCAUCCGCGUCCUCGCCAACAAUGACGUCCCGAAGGGCGCCGCGUGCCUCCGCAUCCGAUGCGCGCUUCGCGACGAGUGGCGAGGCUGGUCCAAGCCCGUCGCGUUCGACCGCGACGAGAACCCGCUCCCGCCGUCGACGGACGCGACCGACCGACGCGCGUCCACCGCCGCCGGGCACCCGUCGACCGCGGGGAAGCGGAAAGCCCUCGGCGGCGGCGGCAUGGGCGGCGGCAGCCGCUCGCCGAAGCGCGCGAACCACGGCCACCACGGCGCCGCGGAGCAGCGCCGCGCCUCCAAGGCGGCGGCGGCCGCCGCCGCCGCCGCCGCCGCGCACGCGGCGACGUACGGCGGGCCCGGUAACGCCUCCAUGGCGAGCGUUUUUGAUCAUCAUCAGCACGCGUUCGGCCACGGCAUGGACCUCUCCGGCCUCGACGGCUUCGCGCCCACGUCCGCCGCCGUCGGACCGGCGAACCUCGACGGCUCCCCGGAGGGACUCGCGCGCGGCUUCGCCGACGUCUUCACCACGCCGCAUCACCCCGGCGGCGCGGGAGGAUUCAACCACGGCGACCUCCCCGCUCAUCUGGACGCGGUCGUGCGCGCGGCGGCCGCCGCCGCCGCGGCGAACUCCACGGAGCUCCCGCCCGUGUGCACGCCCUCCGAGAAGCUCGGCGCGGGGAUCGGCGCGGGGAUCGGCGUCGGCGGCGGCGUCGGCGGCGUCGACGCGUUGGUCGCGCCGCCGACGACUGGGGGCGCGGGUCCCCGGUUCACCCCGGCGCACAUGGCGAACGUGCUCAACUCCGCGGGCGGGGCGUGCUCGCUCGGAAGCCUCGGCAGCCUCGGCAGCCUCGGGUCCGCGUUCAAGCAGUCGCCGAUGUCCGUCGCGAAAAACGGCGGGAAGGCGAGGGCGAAGGGGAGGACCAAGAGCGUCGUCGCGGCGGCGGCGGCGGAGGACGGUCGGCGGCGCGCGCGCGCGGUGGCCGCCGCCGCCGCCGCCGCCGCGAUCGGCGCGGCCGUCGACGCGCAGACCGCAACGGAUUCCGCCGCGAAAGACGAAGAGGCAGCAGAGGCUGACGACGCGGAGGCUGAUGACGCGAUGGUGGCGACGUCGCCGGAACCCAAGGCGGCGCCCGCGACGGCGUCCAAGCCCGGCACCGCCAAAAACGGCGCCGCGCUGUCGCCGCACAGCUGGCUCCUCUCCGUGCUCGGCUCGGGCACGCGCGACGGCGCCGCCGCGAUGCAAGCCGCGGUCGUCCAAGCUGCGCUCACGAUGCAGGCGAACGUCGGCGACGGCGGGCUCGGCGAGGGCGGCGCGACCGCGCCGACGCCGUUCGGCGCGACCGCGGAGCUCACCGGGGGGCCCAACACGGUGAUUGGCGCGCGCGGCGAUAUCGCCGCGGGGCUUCGAUCCGCGGCGCGGCCGUCCACCGCCGCCGCCGACGCCGCGGCGAUGCCCCCGCCCGCGAUGACCGUCCGCACGGGCGGCGCUACUAACCUCGGUAACGCUACUACCGGAACACACUCGAGCCUGAGCGGCCUGUCGCUCGCGCACACCGUCGGCGGGGGGCUCGCCGACGUCGCCGGCGCGGCGGCGACGUCGUCGGCGGCGGGGAUGCAUCAGGGGCCUCAGGGCGGUCACGACGACGGGUUCGGCGCCGCGUUCGGUGGAGGACGCGGCGCGCUGCCGUCGCCGAACGGGCUCGCGCCGACGCGGUUGCUGUUUUCGCCGCUCGGCGCGAGGAGCGGCGCGGGAGGAGGCGGGGGGUACGACUCGGACGACGAAAACGCGGGAGCCGGGCGCCGCGGCUCGGACGUCGGCGUCGGCGCGGGGGGGAAAAAAUCGAAAAAGGCGAAGCGAAGCGCGGCGAACGAGACCGAGGCGCCGUGGAUGUCCCCGAACAAGCAUCAAUCCGUGGCGCUGCGCGCGGUUAACAACGCCAACGCGAUGACCGUUUCUAUCAUGCCCAUCGAUGGUGGAAACGCGCCCGCCGCCGCCAAGACGGAGACGGGGCCGGCGUACGUCCGGAAAGACCACUCGCUCGCGUCCAUCACCGAUCGCAUCGUCGCCGAGUUUGACGAGCGCAACGCGAACGCGAACGCGUCGGGCAACCCCCCGACCCGCGGCGGCGGAAGCACCGCGCAGUGGGCCGGGAACGUCCCCGUCGACGCGCUCGCGGAGCGCCUCGGCGUGAAGCGAAGACGCCUGUACGACGUGAUGAACGUCCUCGAAGCCAUCGGCGUCACCGAACGCAUCUCCAAGGGCGCGUGCAAGUGGCACGGCGCGACGCGCGUCGAGAACGCGCUGCGCGCGCUCCUCGACGACGCGCCCGCGGUCGUCGCCGCCGCGGAGAGGGAGGGCAAGAACCCGGACGCGGCGGGCGGCGACGCGAGCUCGCUCAAGUCUCUCGCGGUGCGGCUGAUGCAACACGUCGGAUUUCACACCGGCGGGUGCGACGACGACGCGGCGACGACGAGGGGCUCGGUCGCGUUCGACGCGUGCGCGGCGGCGAUGCGGCUCGGCGGCGUCCCCGCCGCGGACGCGCCGGGCGCGAACGGCACCGGCGCGCUCGCGGGCGCGGCGCGGAGGCUGCACGACGUCGCGAGCAUCCUCAUUCGCGUCGGCGUGUUGGAUUUCGUCGAGCCCGAGGGUGGAGGUAAGGGGCGCGGCGAGCUUCGAUGGCUCGGCGCGGGCGCGGUGACGGAGCGCCUCGCGCUCGGCGCGGACGGCGCGCUUCCCGCGGAGAAGGCGUCCGGGUACGGCGUCGGCGCGCAGCAGCAGGCGGCGGCGGCGGCGGCGGCGGCGGCGGCGCCGCCGAGGAUGAUGGGUCCGCCCGCCGACGGCGGCGCGUCGUUUUUCAACGCGGGUAACAACGCGUUCGGCGCCAAGCAAGCGUCGACUCGGCUGUCGAACUUCUUCGGCCGCGCGGGCGCCGCGCCCGCGAAUAAUGGCGGUAACGGAAAGAAGGGUAACGGCAAGGGCGCGAGCGUUAAGUUCGAGGACCGCAGCACGCUGUUCUCGCCCCCGAUGCUCGGCGGCAACGGCGGCGUCGUCGGCGGCUUCAACGCGAACGGCGCGGCGGCGGCGGCGGCGGCGCUUCUCAAAUCCCCCGAGUGGCUCCAGCAGUUAUCCGUCGCCACCGCGGGGGUGGCGCCCGCGCCCGGCGGGGUUGGCGCCUCCGCGAACACGCCGCAGCUCGCGAACAACUCCGGACUCGCGUCGUGGACGUCCCCGGCGUUCGUCGGCCCGUUGCAGGCGCUCUACGCGUGGUACAGCGGCGCGGCGGGGACCAAGACCAACGGCGACGGCGGCGAAAACGGCGCGACGAACGCUCGCCGGGGUCUCGGUCGGCGCGAAUCCGGCGUCUCCGAGGACGGCUCCCUGGGACCCACCCCGAUGAGCGGGCUGUCCGGGCUGUCUGGGCUCACCGCGAGUCUGUUCGGGGCUGGCGGCGGCGGAUCCCCCGCGGAGGUGGAGGCGAUGAUGCGCGGGGAGGCGAUUCAGGCGGCGGCGGCGGCGGCGGUGCAAGCCGCCGCCGCGGGGGUGCAGCCGCGCGGGUACGAGGCGGCGAAGGCGAGGGCGGGGGCGGGGUUCGGUCCCGCCGUGGACGCGGUGGAGUCCGCGCUGAACUGUUGAGGGAGGGUUUGUAAAGGUUAGAAUUAGCAGCAGAGAGACGCGACGAACGCGGGGAGACGGGUGACGGGUGGUUUUGAUUCUCUUCUUUUCUUUUAACGCGACGACUACGUUGAGUA